AUGGCUCAGCAGCAGGCCGCGAAGGCCUUGGCCAACAUCCUCUCCAAGGUUGCACGCUACUCCGUGGGACUGGGAAUCGGCGCCAGCGCUCUGCAGGCCUCCCUGUACACCGUCGAUGGCGGCGAGCGGGCCAUCAUGUUCGACCGCGUGUCGGGAGUGCUGGAGACUCCCGUGAGUGAGGGCACCCAUUUCCGCGUGCCCUACCUCCAGACGCCCAACGUCAUGGACAUCCGCACCCGGCCCCGCUCCAUCAGCUCCGUGACCGGGACCAAGGAUCUCCAGAUGGUCAACAUUACCCUACGUGUGCUUUCCAAGCCGGAUGUCGAGAGACUGGCACUCACAUUCAGGAACCUGGGCCUCGACUGGGAUGAGCGUGUGCUGCCGUCCAUCGGCAAUGAGGUGCUCAAGUCUGUGGUGGCGCAGUACCAGGCCGAGCAGCUGCUGACUCAGCGUGACAAGGUAUCCACCGCGGUGCGCAGCGAGCUCACGCGCCGCGCCGCGGAGUUCAACAUCCUCAUUGACGAUGUGGCCAUCACCCACCUGUCCUUUGGCGCCGAGUUCACCAAGGCUGUGGAGUCCAAGCAGGUGGCCCAGCAGGAGGCUGAGCGCGCCCGGUUUGUUGUCAUGAAGGCCGACCAGGAGCGCAAGGCGGCAGUGGUGAGGGCGGAGGGAGAGUCCGAGGCUGCUCGACUCAUUUCUGAGGCCACCCGGGCUGCGGGGGCUGGCAUGAUUGAGCUGCGCCGCAUCGAGGCCGCCCGUGACGUGGCGGGGACCCUCGCCAAGUCCCGGAAUGUCACGUACCUGCCCGGCGGGGAGGGUGGCGCCUCCAGGAUGUUGUUCCAGCUGCCUGGAUGA